AUGUCUCGCAAUUUAUUCGUGUUCUUCAUUUUAACCAACUUCUGCUGCUCGAGCAUCGAUACCACAGUUAUCCGCUGCGACCCGCCGGAUUUUUUCCAUUGCAAGAACGGAAAAUGUAUAUCAUCUCUCUUCCGCUGCGAUGGAGAAAACGAAUGCGGUGACAAUUCCGAUGAAAUGGAUUGCAAUGGCGUCGAAACAAAUCUUCAAAUGAUCCGUUGCACAACUGACGAGUUCCAAUGUGCCGAUCAUUCUUGCAUACCGGAAGAGAAAUUUUGCGACGCGAAAUCCGAUUGUUACGACGGAAGCGACGAAUACAUUGGCUGCGUGAAAGAACUAAAAUGCAACAACCAUUUCCGAUGCAAAGAUAGCCAUUGCAUAAGAAACGAAUGGGUUUGUGACGGUGUACCAGACUGUCCUGAUAAAAGUGAUGAAGAAAAAUGUGAGAACAAUAUAGUAUCCAUCGAGAAAUGCAAUAAUGAGUACGAUAAAUAUUUAUGCAAGAAUCAAAGAUGUAUUUUUUUGAAUGCAACCUGCAACGAGAAAAAUGAUUGUGGCGAUAACUCGGAUGAAGAUCUAGAUGCGUGUAAAAAGGCCGAUGCAUCGUGCAAAUUGACAGCAAAAUGUCAACACAAUUGCAGGAAAACACCUAAAGGUGCUCAAUGUUCGUGUCGAUCUGGUUAUAAAUUAAUGAAUAAUCAAACUUGCACAGAUAUAAAUGAAUGCGAGAAUUAUGGAAUUUGUGAUCAACAAUGUAUCAAUAAUGCUGGAUCUUACACAUGUUUUUGUCAGCCUGGUUACAUUAUGCAGGAUGACAAGAAAACUUGUAAAGCUGAAGGUGGCGAAGCUACUAUGGUAUUUUCAAUUAAAUCAGAAAUCCAUGGCUAUUAUCUUGAUUCUCAAAUAUACUUCCCGAUAUCUCGAAAUUUGCAACAUGCCGUCGCUGUUUCUUUGGAUGCAAAUUAUAUAUACUGGUCCGACAUCGAGAAUGGAAACGAAGCAAUAAUCAAAAGUUUGGAAGAUGGUUCACAACGAGAAAUUAUUGUUACAACAGGUUUGAAUAGUCCUGAUAAUAUAGCAGUAGAUUGGGUAACAGAUAAUAUUUAUUUUACGGACAGUGGUUAUAUGCAUAUUGGUGUUUGCAACAAUGAUGGUUCUUACUGUACUGUUAUAAUCAAGGAAAGAAGAGAUAAACCAAGAGGCCUUGCUUUGUUACCAUCCAAUGGUAUAUUUUAUUGGACCGAAUGGGGCAUGAAUUCAAGCAUAUUAAUGGCAGGAAUGGAUGGUAAAAAUAUCACCGUAUUAGUCAAUCAAGAUUUAGAAUGGCCAAAUAGUUUAUCUAUUGAUUAUCCGAACAAUAGAUUGUAUUGGAUAGAUACUAAACAAAAAGUGAUCGAAUCGAUACAAUUGGAUGGUACAGAUCGAAGGAUUGUAUUAAAAGGAAUAGCAAAAAAACCAUUUUCAUUAGCUGUAUUCGAAAACAAAUUGUAUUGGAGCGACUGGAUAUCUAAUACUAUACAAUCUUGCGAUAAAUUCACUGGAAAAGAUUGGCAAACUUUAGUGAAUACAAAUAAUACUGUUUAUGGCAUACACAUAUACCAUUCCGUUUUGAAACCAAAAAUACCGAAUCCGUGCAAUUCGAAACCUUGUUCCCAAUUGUGCUUAUUAAAUUCACAAAAUGGUUACACUUGCGCAUGCUCAUUGGACAAAGAAUUGAAUUAUGACAAUCACACAUGUCGUGCGAUAAAAAAAAAAAUGCACUUGAUUAUCGCAGCAGGAAACACGUUUAUAGAUUAUUAUCACGAACUAUUAGGAAAACCAAAAAUGGCGACAAGUGUCAUGCUGAAACGCAUUACUGCAAUUACUUAUAAUCCUCUUACUGGUGGUUUACUAGCCAGUGAUCAACUGACGGAUACCAUUUUCCAUUUGAAUACACAUACUGGUGAAGUGAAGAGCAUAAUAACUAUCGAAAACGAAAUACUAGGCGGAAUGGAUUUCGAUUACGUUGGAAAUAAUGUAUAUUUGUCAGAUGUGAAGCAUAAAACCAUUGAAGUCCAUAGUCUGAAUAGCAAAGAGAAAACUAUUUUCUAUUUCAAAGAUGAACCUUACGACAUUGCGCUUGUACCUGAAGAAGGAAUCAUGAUGGUCGUAUUUCGAAGCGAUGGAUUAUACCAUAUAGAUUUGAUGAAUAUGAAUGGACUUGGACCGAAAAUCACAAUCGUAGGAAAUAAAACUGUAUUAAUUGGACCGAAGAUAUCCUUAUCCUAUGAUGGAGAUUUCAAACAAUUAUUUUGGAGUGACCAAGGUUCCGGUCGCAUCGGUAGCACGACCAUUCCAGGUUUCGAAACGUACAUCUUGCGUACUGGUUUAUCAGAACCUGUGAGUCUCGCUGUUCUUGGUGAUUAUUUAUUUUGGACGCAAUACAAAUCGAAUCAAUUGUACUGGACUAGCAAAACCAUUACGAAGCAAUAUCAAAAGCGUAUUACAUUACAAACGCCUGAAGAUUUGGACAAAAUGCAAUUAAUAGGUAUGCACAAAACAUAUAUAAAGGAACAUCUUUGUCGUAAAAAUAACGGAAACUGUUCCCACGUGUGCCUGUUAUCUAAUAAUCCUUCUUCAUACAUUUGCGCUUGUCCACCUGACAUGAUGUUGAAUAUAGAUAAUCGAAAAUGUAAUUCUCAAACUAUGUGCAAUACUGGAGAAAUAAAAUGCGGAGAACACGAUAAAUGCAUAAAAUCCGAUCAAAGAUGUGAUGGAACCAUAGAUUGUCCUAGCGGAGAAGAUGAAUCAAGUAGUUUUUGCGAAGAUUUUCACUGGUCCACUUGCAAACACCAAGAUCAAUUUCGAUGUAAAAACGGCGAAUGUAUAAGCAAAUCGAAAUACUGCAAUUCCCACUAUGACUGUUCGGAUCGUUCGGAUGAGGAAGGCUGCGUUAAAAAGGAAUGCGACUCCAAUGAAUUUCAAUGUCACGAAGGAGCUUGCAUAUCAAAAUAUCUCGUGUGUAACGGUUAUAAUGACUGCACCGAUCUUUCUGACGAACUCAAUUGUAACAAACACAAGUGCGACAACGAUAGCUUCGCGUGUGAAAUCGGGACUUGUAUACCUAAAACGUGGAAAUGUGAUGGCGAGGUUGACUGCCCAGAUGGUUCCGACGAGAGUGAAACAUGCCAAAGAAAGAAGUGUCCAUCCGAAAUGUUUACUUGUUUCAACGGUCGUUGCAUUGAUUUAAUUCUAAAGUGCAAUGGAAUUAGUGAAUGUGAAGAUGAUAGCGAUGAAAAAUAUUGUAAUGAUAAAAGUAGAAAUAAUUAUAUCAAUUGUACUGCGGAUGAAUAUAAAUGCUUCGAUUCGGAUCUAUGUCUUCCCAAACAAUUUAGAUGUGAUGGAAUUAAAAAUUGUCCAAAAAACGAUGAUGAACGUGAUUGCGCCCAAUGUAACGAAGCAGAAUACAUUUGCGAAAAUAAGAAAUGCAUUGAGAAAAGUUGGGUAUGCGACAGAAUCGACGAUUGUGGCGAUGGAUCGGAUGAAAGAAAUUGUGAUGGUAGUAAUUGGAGGAUGAACAGUAUCAACAUGAUUUCUAAUUGCAAAGAAUUCAAAUGUUCCAAUGGAAACUGUCUUCCCUUCAACAAAGUGUGCGAUGGAAAAAUAGAUUGUUUAGAUCAGAGUGACGAAUUUGGAGACUGUGAAAUUUCUUGUAACAAGAACAAUCCCUGUACAAAUAUGUGCCACAAGACACCCACUGGUCCUGUCUGUACUUGCAGAAACGGAUAUCAUUUGAGCAGCGAUUUAAAAACUUGUGAAGAUAUCGAUGAAUGUAAAAAAAAUGUUUGUUCACAAAUUUGUCACAAUACUAAUGGAUCUUUUAUUUGUUCAUGUUACGAGGGAUACGUCAUUCGAAGUGAUAAAAUUUCAUGCAAAGUAGCAGGAUCACAAAUGGAAAUAAUUACUGUUUCUGGUACUGAUAUUAGGAAAUUGUCAUCAAACUUAAAUUCGAUCGAACUUAUUUACGAAGAAAUAGAUUUCGAAAUAAAUGGUAUUGAUGUGAACACAAGAGAAGAUACUAUUUACUGGAGUAAUGAAAUGCUAGGUAUGAUAAAUAAAAUACAUAUAAAAACUAAAGAACGAAAGACUGUUACCGGUCUUGGCAGACCGCAAGCUUUAGCUGUUGAUUGGAUUACCGAUAACGUAUACUUUAAUGAUAAUGACUAUUCCAGCAGUAUUCACGUAUGCAAUUUAGAACAAAAGAAAUGUGCUAAAAUAAUGUCAAUCGCAGGAAAAAAUCAUGUAAUCUCUAUCGCUGUCGAACCAAAAAAAGGAUGGCUAUUUUGGAGUCAAACUUUUUGGGCAUUUUAUGAUAGACCUAUGUCGAAAAUAUAUCGAUCCAAUACAAUGGGCAAUAAUGCAACAGCAAUUGUACAUCUUGAUCUUGGUCUUGUACUCGCAUUAACUAUUGAUUAUACACGAUCUAAAUUAUAUUGGUCAGAUACACAUUUUAAAAAUAUUGAAUCUUCGAAUUUAGAUGGUUCUAAUCGUGCUGUAGUUUUAAAUACAGGUAUACAUCAAGCUAUGAAUAUUAAUAUAUAUGAGGAUUCUUUAUAUUGGUUGAUGGGUGGAACUGAUAUAAUAAGAAAAUGUAAAUUAUAUGGUGAUAAAUUAUGUACAACAAUUCCUAUUGGUACUUCAAACAUCAACAAGUAUUUUAUUAUUUUUCAUACAAUCAGACAACCUAUAGGAAAAAAUGCUUGUGAGAAAUAUAAAUGUAAUUACAUGUGUGUUUUGGGAAAUAAUGGUCCUGCUUGUAUUUGUCCUAAUGGAUAUCCAAAAGAUUCUAAAAAUAUUUGUUUGGAAAAUAUGAAUACAAAACUUAUAUUCAAUUCGAGCUUAGUUACUUACAAGAACGAAAGUAUUCGAUAUCAAAACGGAACAUUAAUUGGUAUAAUAAUAACAGUAUUAGCAUGCAUAAUAAUUGGAUCAGCCUAUUUUUAUUACCAGAAAAUCAAACCAAACUUUUCAAAGAAAAAUAAUCUCAGUAUUCAUUUUCAAAAUCCAUCGUAUGAUCAAAGAAAUGAAAUUGCACCCACGUUCAAUUGUAUCUCGGGGUUACCACCUGGAGAACAUGAAUAUGUUAAUCCAAUAAUAGAUAUACAAAAGAAUCAAAAUGAAAAUAUAAUACAAAAGAAUGAAAAACAAAUGACAAAAAUACUUAAUUUCGAUCGAUCGGAUAAUGAAUCUGAAGAGUCUGCGAAUAAACAAGAUAUUAAUUUAAUAUAAUAAUUAUAUAUUAAUUCAAUUAUUAAAUUAAUAGAACCAAAAUCUAACUGUAUAUAGUUAUUUAUAUAAAUAUUU